UUGAAAACACACCAGCAGUUUGUUAAGUCGCUCUCAAACAAAAAAAAGGAGAAACCACAACAACUAUUUUUUUCGCAGCGUUAGUGUCCGUUAUGAACGGUUCACGAAACAAACCGGCACCGACAGUCAGUAAGAGUCAGACGGAGACAGAACCCGGCUCGGAGGCGAGGGAGAGAAAGAGCGGUGGAGGAAUGCUGAAGAAGCUGAAGUCAAGGCGCAAUCAGCCGGACAAGUGGCCUGUGGUCACCGAGGAUGAACUGCGGGCUAUGGGGAAAGAUAUUACCCCAGACAAUGUCCUGGGUCUCCGGGCAGUCACGGAGGACUAUCUGUGCAAACCUGAAGACAAUAUCUACAGCAUUGACUUCACACGUUUCAAAAUCCGAGACCUGGAAACGGGAACGGUGCUGUUUGAGAUUGCCAAACCUCCUAACAGUGGUCCUCUGGACGGUGAAGAGGAGAGUGGGGAUGUAGACACCAGCGCGGGGCGUUUUGUGCGAUAUCAGUUUACACCGGCCUUCCUGAAACUGUGCACUGUUGGUGCAACUGUGGAGUUCACCGUGGGAGACCGGCCAAUUAACAGCUUCCGUAUGAUUGAGAGGCAUUACUUCCAGGGACGCCUCCUAAAGAACUUUGACUUUGACUUUGGCUUCUGCAUUCCCAACAGCCGCAACACAUGUGAACACAUUUAUGAGUUUCCACAGCUUCCAGACGACCUCAUUCGCCUCAUGGUGGCACACCCUUACGAGACCAGAUCGGACAGUUUCUACUUUGUGGACAACAAACUCAUCAUGCACAACAAGGCGGACUAUGCCUACAACGGCGGUCUGUAAUACCUGAAGGGGAGAAAUAUUUGCGAUAUUCAGAGGGGGAUUGCUUUCAUCGCAUUACAACCAUCCAAAAGCUUUCUUUGGGGGGGGGGGGCAGAAGUCAUAUUCUCUUUGUGAACAUUCCUCCAAACGUGACAACAUUCUUCACAAUGGACCACAUCUGCCUCCGUACAAAAUCAUGGAUCCAUUCAUCAGUACCUCAUUGACCUCAGCUUCUGGGACUCCGAGGAAUGUUCUGUCAAAUAUGUUUGUUUGUCAAAUCUGACUCUUUGCUCUGUCUUUUGGUUUGUCAUUCAAAUAUCAUGUAACAUUUUUGCCUUAAGUUUCUUGCCGUCUCUGCUGGAAAGGGACACUUUGAAUCACAGACCUCUCAUGGAAAAGCCUAUAGGUUGUGUCAGUUAUAACUCCAUUUGCUUUAGUAUAUAGAUGUUAUCAGUUGAUGUUUAUUUGAACUACCUUUCGCUAGUGACAAUUGUGUUUCCCAUAUGGAAGAACGAGCAUUAACUAGACGUUUUACAGUAUUGUUAGUCAAGGAUGAUUAUGUAGCACUAGGUGACAUUGUUUGAGUUUCUUUCUUGCUUAAAUAUCUCCUAUCAGUUGUGAGCCAUCUGGACUGUUUAGGUCAGAUAUUUAAGGUAGGUGUUAAUUUUA